ACACAGAUACCAUCAGUGCUGCAGGCUCCGAAUAAAAGCUAUGAAUAAUACUACAGGGUCACUAACUCCCAAACAUUGUGUACGAGACACCAGGAUCAUAGAAGUUGUGUUUCCAGUUCUAUACACCAUUAUAUUCUUGCUUGGAAUAAUUCUGAAUAGUAUAUCCCUUUGGAUUUUCUGCUACGUUCCCAGCAACACAGUUUUCAUUAUUUAUCUGAAGAACACAUUGGCCGCGGACUUCAUCAUGACGUUGACGUUACCAUUUAAGAUUCUUACAGAUUCUGGGCUUGUAUCGUGGAAACUAAAAAUGUUUGUUUGUCGUUUCUCAGCAGUGAUAUUUUAUGAAACUAUGUAUAUCAACAUCAUACUUCUUGGACUUAUAGGACUUGACCGUUUUCUAAAGAUCAUUAGACCACUAGGUAGAACAUGGAUGGAUAAAACCUCUGUAGCCAAGCGAAUCUCCAUAGCAGUGUGGCUUAUUAUGUUUGGACUCUCACUUCCAAACAUGAUCCUCUCAAAUGAGAAGGCAACACCACAAAAUGUUAGGAAAUGUGCUAAUCUGAAGAAUCCAUUGGGUCUCAAGUGGCACGAAGCAGUAAAUUACAUUUGCCAGUUUAUUUUCUGGUCUGUUUUUCUCUCCAUGAUCAUAUUUUACACAAUAAUUACAAGGAAGGUUUACAAGUCAUUUACCAAAUCAAGGAGUAAGAAUUGCUCUACAAAGCGAAAGACUAAAGCCAGAGUUUUUAUCGUGGUGGUUGUGUUCUUCUUGUGUUUCGCACCAUUUCACUUCUCACGGAUUCCUUACACAUUUAGUCAAACAGGGAUCAUAAAAGAUUGCUACCUUCAAAACAAACUGUUCAUUUCUAAAGAAAUUACCCUAUGGAUAGCAACCACCAAUGUAUGCAUGGAUCCUUUAAUAUAUGUUCUUUUGUGCAAGCCAUUUAGGAAACUGAUAAUGUCUGUCACCAGGAAUACAAGUCUGGAAACACAAAUGAACAUUGAAUCCACUGUGUAACCUAACAACCUACUAGGCUACACAAGUGUUAAUUUCCUGACCACAGCUCACUUUAUGAUGAUAGAUACAGAGGCAUGCAUUUUGCAUCUACAUAUCUAACUAAAAUCAUUAGCAAACCCCUGGUGAAUGGGUUUUCUAAAGAUAGAAUUAUGACUUCAUGAAGUUGAAUAUUCCACAAUUUGACUUGUAUAAAAAAACAGAGCUUGAUUACAGUUGCCUGGGGCCUUUAGCAGGAUAACCGAUCAUGACCCCCUCUUAGAGCCCUGGACUAUUUCCUGUUAGUGCUGUUUGUAGUGUCACAGGGUUGAAUGUGUGGGGUAGACUGAUUGUUGUGUGUGUGUGAGAAUGUGUGUAGUGUAUUAGUAUUGUGUGUGUGUCUGUGUAGGAGGCUGAGAGCUGUAUAGGAGGAGUCUGUGUGUGUUUGUUGAUUGAGUCUUGUGUUUGUGGGGUUGGAUGUCCUAAGUGGUGUCUAAGUGUUGGGUGGGAAGUUUGGGUGAGGUGUUUUCCAUUUUCCCCUUGCUCCUUACCUUGUUGCUGGAAGGGGGGUGUUAUCUCUGGUGGUACAGUGGAGCUGUGGAUGGGUAUGCACCAGUAUCUGGUGCAGUUCACUUUAAGAGCUCCCUUACGGUUUCAGCUGUUUCGCAAUGAUUUACAGAACUCUGAGCACCUUGUAAAUUAGUCUGCACUCAAGGUGCAAACCACAUGGCUCCCUCUAUUAAGUAAAGGGGUGCGGGGCUCAGCAAAGAGACCUAUCUAACUCCCUGCCAGCUCAGAGUGGGUACCCUCACAUGCAGGCCUGUGUGUGCUAGGCUCUAAACAGAAGGCUAUGUGGCCUAAUGGGUUAUCUGGCUAUGCAAAAAAAAAAAACAAAACAUCUGCAUAAUCAAAGUUUUAAUGAAAGGCGUGUAAUGCAUUUAAUUUUCCUGAACAUGUUUUUAACUUAUGGUCACUUUAUCAAAAUUAGCAUAUUAAUAAGGGGAUAAUCAAAAUUGACACUUCUGGACAUCAUUAUACAGUGUCCCGAAGCAAAUUGAAGAUGAAAUGAGAUAAUAUCUACAGGGUUAUUUACUAAAUUGUGAAUUUAAGGUGAAUUCAAAGCACAUUUUAAAUGUAAGGACAUUGUAGCUGAACAAAAAGCAUAGCUGACUUUUUUUUUUAAUUUAUGCUAUU